GGAGGUGGGUGCAUCUUCUUUUCUUGCAUGUGUAGCAUUGCUUUGAUGAAAGGCCGCUGGUGACGUGUGUUUACAGCGGUUCUUAAAUAUCAGGUGAAACAGUGCAGGGCGUUGUAAACAAGGCAUGAGUCCUGCAGAAGUUGGAAGAAGCUGUCAGACACUGAUGUUAACAUGUUGACAAUGAUGAUGUUGUCAGUGCUUCUGGUGCUGGGAGGUCUGGGGGGGGCAGCAGCGUCCGACCUUCAUGUGUUUGGGAAGUCCUUCCACGGUGAUGACCCCUUGGAGAGCAGCCAUGACAGCCAACUGAACAUGCUGAGGAAGCAGCUGCACCAACAGACAAAAAGGGGAAUCCGCAGGAGUUUGGAUCUGGAGAGCUUCAAUAUUCGUGUGACCCCCACAUCCAGCAAACUCAACCUACCAACCAUCAUAAAGCUGUAUCCACCCACAGCCAAACCUCUUCACAUGCACGCCAACAUGCCGCUCCGCUUCGGGAGGGAGAGCAGUGCCAGUGAUGACAGGGUGUCAAACUCUUCCCCCAACAUGCCGCAAAGGUUCGGGCGGGCCUGGGAGGUCCUUCGCAUGUGUGGCGGCUGCCGGAGUGUCCGUGAAGCACCAAGCCCUGUGCUGCCGCAGAGAUUUGGUAGAAACACUCCUCACUGGGGCUUUCUGAACACUCUGGCCAAUGAACAGCUGUUGAACCCUGAAUUGCGCUGGAACAAAGACAUUGACCUUCCAAUCAGCUCAGAAGAAGAGGAAAUGGAAGGAAAAGACAUUUACAACAUGAAGUGAUCUUUUUAAGUUUACCUUGACGUUAAAAACAGCCAAUUCAUAUUUAGAUUGUUUGUUUGCUGUAUUGACAAAAAUGUUCUGCCAAUACAUUUAAGCCUAUUUAUAGACCAUUAUUAAAGGUACUUAUGCUGGAAAACGUGUCUUAAACGUGCAAAUAAAGAAUAAAAAUAUUAUAAAAUAAACCUUUAAGCAUUGAGACAAAAAAAGAAAUCUCUGUUUUCCCCCUAAUUUCACCUUAACCUCACUUUCAUAGCCUAACUAAAGGCAUUUUUGCUUUAUCAGACACAGAAUUUGGU